GUCCCAACUGACGACCGGUGGCCACGUACGGCCGUUAACCGUUGACUACUUUUACCGGUUGAACGUCGCGACGUUAACGACACAUUAGCUUUAUUUUAACUGCUUUUACUUUCUAGACAAGACUUGGACUGUGGGAGGGGAGGCGGGGGUAAAGUUUUGAAUGAAGGUCCCCCGCUGGGACUGUAAAGCGGGAGGAGGGGGCAGUUUGCGGGGUCGUCCGGGCUAUCGGAUCUGGGAUCUGCUCACAUUUAUAACCAGACAGACGGCGGCUUGUUCGGGGCAGAGCUGAGCGGGACGGACGGGCAGGCUGACCGAAGAGGGGACGCGGAGUUUUAAACUUUUAAUUCUUUACCCGGACUAUAAAAAGAAGAAGUGGAAAGUUUGGAAUAACAGAAAAGUUUAGUUUUUUUUUUUUAUAUCCCUGGGUCUGGACCCCGGUCUCCUGUCAGGACUACGAGCUGCUGGACUGUAAGCUACUCAUUCACUCUGGAAGUAUCACUCUUUUACAGAUUGUGAUUCAGGCUUUAGCCUUUAAACAUAAACUCGUAACUUUACUUCAUUGAAGCAGACACGCAAAGUAUCUUCAAAAUGGAUAAGUACGAGGAUUUGGGACUCGAGGCGAGUAAGUUUAUCGAGGACCUGAACAUGUACGAAGCGUCCAGGGAUGGUUUAUUUCGGACGCGGAGGGAUGCGGGAAAUAACCCCGACUUUGAAGAGACGAGAAAAGUUUUCGCCUCUAAAAUGACUAAAAUACACAUGCAGAAACACCAAGAGGAGAUGGCAAAAAACAACCAGGCCAUAAAAAUGAAUGGGGGCCACAACAGCACGCAUUACACCAAGGACAGACCACCCAUCAAUAGCUACAGACAGCCGGGGGAAGCGGCGGCGAAGCCCCCGAUACUCUCUGGCCCUGUGCCGGGCACCACGGCUGGGAGUCAGUACGCACCGUUUGACGGCCAGAAACACACAAGCGUCCAGUCUGAACCUCCAGCCGGCAGGGCAUAUGGCUACGGAAACAAUUACGAUAAUAAGGAGCGCUUAGAGCCACAUUCAUACCAGCACAGCGCCCCUACUCCCCCCAGCCCAGGAAACGCGUCUCACAGCGCCCCUGCACAUGCUCGCCACCCUGUCCCCCAGCCGGCUGCCUGGGCCCCCUCCAGUGAGAACCAGCUCCCCCCAUCAGUGCCCGGGUCUGUGAGCAGCAGUGCAUCUCAGCAGCAGCCCCAGUACCAGCCUGCGUCCCCCACCGCCAACAGUCUUCCACCUCAGCAGGACCAUGCUGUCCCCCCGUCUGUAAGCCGUAGUCCCCCCUCCUCUGCUGGUCCAGCCAGGGGAUGGGCCGGGGAGCGCUCUGGCUCAGCGAAACCAGACCUCAUCCCUGCCCUGCCUCUGAGCGCCUUCACAGGAGGGGCUGACUUCAGCACCCAGCAGCCCUCUGCACCGUCUGCGGCCCAUUACGCGCCACCUUCUCCCACCUCGAGACCCUCUACCAACCACAAUGGUCCCCUGCCAGCUUCCUCGCUUCUCCCCGCACCUUCUGAGGCAGCUCCACCGAAAGCCCAGGUGACGUCCGCAGCCCAGCUCCCUGGCACUGUAUCCAAAAGCAGCAGCCAGGUUCAAGGUCAGAGCCAGCUGCCCGGCUUUGGACCGGCCACCAGAGCUGAAGCUGAAGUCCCGUGCUCCUCCAAGCCUGUCCAACUCCUCUGCCAGUCUCUCCUCACGCAACCUCCUGAACAGGGGCCUUCAGCAGCCGAAAUAAAACUAGAGGCCCUCACUAAACGGCUGGAGAAAGAGAUGGACGCCCAACCAAAAGCGGACUACUUUGGUAAGACAGUUCAGACUAUCCAGCAUCAACAAGGGGCUUCUGUCCGUCUGUCCGCUGCUGUAAAACCCACUGAAAUGACAGAACCGUCCACCCACAGUUCAGAACACGAACCCACUUGUUUUUGAUUUACACACACUGUC